AUGACAGCGGUGGCGGCUUCAGGCGUGCCCGGCCCCGGCCGGUCCGGUGCUUUGGCUUCCUCUUCCGAGAGGUGGCCGUCUUCUCCCUUCAUUUCUUCUUCGUAUCUCCACAAACUGAUCUUCCUCUACCUGCGAAUAAACGCCGAUGAAACGCUCUCGGCGACGCUUCGACACUGGCGGUCCUCCUGCUGCCAGUGCGCGUCCCCGUUGUCAGCCUCUCUCCACGCCUCGUCUCUCUCUGCCGCUCGCUCUUCUGUGUCGACUCUUUCUGCGUGCCCGCGCGGAGGGAGCAGCUCGUGCGGAUAUUGCGGGUGCGGGGGAGAGAAGGCUGCCGAAAGCCCGAGCGGCGAGGGUGUCUCCCCUCCGUGCUGCUUCUGUUGCUGCGUAAGAGACCCAAAGUGGACGGCCGAGGCCGACGCGGAGUUCUCGGCUUUGCGAGCGCACCUGCUUCAGUUUGUUGCUCGCGGCGAAGCUUCGGCGGACCUGCAUUCGGAUGCAUCGCGUCUGGGCGAGAAACAGGCAGGGGCAGAAAGUCCAAGUGUUCUCACUCUUCCGCGUGACUCGACCGGCGAGAACAGAGCCGAGGGAAGUUCCAGAGACUGCACGUUCGCGGCGUCUCGUGAACGCACACAAACCGACAACGUGGACGCAGACGCAGGCCUCGGGGGACACUGGAGCCAGACGGACAGCGCGCACGUGGGAAAACUGGAAGCUGCUGUCUCUCGUGGGCUCCCCGCGGAAGCGGAGACGGGACGGGACGCUCCGGGGCUGUGCGGGGCGAAGGAAGAGCGAAAGACAGGCACAAACGUGAAGGCGUGCCAUCGAGCUCCGUCUCCGCAAGAACAGGAGACGCGCUGCAGCGACGUGGUCUCGCACUGUGGCAGCGAAGAGGCAACGCGCGUCGAGCAAGAGGAAAGGACACACGUGACGCUGUCGACCAUUCAGAUGCAGGAUGCAGGUGCCCGCACGCCAGAGAAGACCGGAAGAGACGAUCGCGGUGUUCCAGACGGCGAGCGUCGCGUUCACGCGUCGUGUUCCGGACUUUCUGGAGACACGGCGCCGGAGAAAACGCUUGGAGAACUUUCUGUGCGUCGAGGAAGCCAAAGCCGCUUCAGUGGAGUAGACGUGUUUGAAACCAAGACGCGAGCGGUACAGUGUGCAGACGUUGCGGAGGCAGCCGGGAGCUUCGCCCAGCUCCGUUCUGAGGCAGGAGCGACUUCAAGCGCUUCCGCUGCUGUCUCUUCGAGCGCUUCUGGACGCGAUAUGGCACGUGCGGCGUGUUGGGCGACUGUCGCCGGUGUUGCCGGUCUCCAGAACUCUGUCUCUAGUCCGCCACACUCUGUCUCUUGUGCGCGGUCCUCCCUGGACUGCGUGCCCGCCUACCACUGGAACGCCCUUCCUCCGGUGCUUCCGGUUUCCGACGCCUGCUCCGCCCCUCUCACAGCUGUCUCUCCGUCUCCUUCGUCUCCACUGGCCUCGCUUUCUGAGUGGCAAACGCCCCGGCCGUCCCCGUUGUCUGAGGAGACUGAGGAGGGUGCUCGCGCCUCCGCUGCUGCGCUUUCCCGGCCCUCUUCUGGCGCCUUCCGCGCAGCUCUGUCUCCGUCGCGCUGGCCAGUGUGUCUGUCUCCGCAACUGUCCCCUUUCCGAGCCGGUCCCGCGUGCGGGCCGGGUGCCCCGAUUCGCAUCUACGUCGACGGCGUCUUCGAUCUCCUGCAUUCGGGCCACUUCAACGCGCUCCGCCAGGCGCGGCAACUGGGCGGGAAGUUGGUCGUGGGCAUCUGCAGCGACGCAGCGACGUUUGCCGCGAAAAAGUGCAGGCCGAUCUACACGGAGACGGAGCGCGCGGAAAUCGUCCGCGGCUGCAAGUGGGUUGACGAAGUCAUUGUCGGCACACCCUACGAGGUGUCUGUACAGAUGCUGGAUCGGCUGAACUGCGCGUUCGCGGCGCACGGCGACGACUGGGUAGUGGGGGCGGACGGCACCGACGCGUACGCGGGCCCGAGACAGGCGGGGCGCAUGAAACUGUUCAAGCGAACGGAAGGGAUCAGCACGUCUACGAUUGUCUCGCGGCUCCUCCAGGCGACGGCGAACGUCGAGCAGCGCCGCAGACGCGGGGCCGCCGCUCUCGGGGACGAUCUUUUCGAAGGAGAGAAGCCGGUGAAGUCUACGCUGAGCAGAAACCAGGCGGUGACGCAGCCGACGCGGGUCCAGCGCUUCGCCAGAGACUCGCUGCGCGAACAGAAGGAGAGUUUGUUAACCUGCUCGUGCGGAAGCAAGAAGCGUGAGAAGGACGACCGGGGCGCGGACGAGGACAAACGGAGACACCGGGACGAGAAGCACGGCAAGAGGAGCGACGGCGCGCGGGAGGCGCCUGAGUCGGACAGCCCAAGCGCCCGGGCGGGCGAAGAACUCGGCGAGCGAGGCGGGAGCGAUGCGGGAUCUUCGGCAAACUUGUCGAGUUUCUCCUUCUCGUCCAGCGACGGCGAGGGCGGAAAGAGCAAUGGAGAGAGCGGGGCCCGAAAGAGACAAGGGCGCCGGGAGAGCUGGAGCGGGAGCGACCGGAGACACUGCAGUUUCGGCGGAUCGCCUGCGGAACGAGAAAGAAACGCGAACGAAGAGAGAGAAAAGAAGUGCUGCUCAGUCCGCGGUCGCCAUCGCCCGCGAAAACCGCAAGACCCUGAGGAGCGCAGAAUGCUCAUGUCCACGAAGCGACUCCUCCAGUUCAUCGGACAGCCGAAACGCCCCAAGAAAGGCGGGAAAAUCGUAUACGUUGACGGAUCCUUCGACGUCUUCCAUGUGGGUCAUUUGCGCAUUUUGGAGAAGGCCAAGCAGCUGGGAGAUUAUCUGAUCGUCGGCAUUCACGACGAUGAGACUGUCGCGAGAGUCAAGGGCGCGGGCUUCCCAGUGCUGAACCUCCACGAGCGAGCGCUGAACGUCCUCGCCAUGCGAGUCGUGGACGAGGUGAUCAUUGGCGCCCCAUGGGUGAUUCCGCACUACAUGCUGAAGCAGUUUCAGAUCGACGUGGUCGUGCGCGGCAGUCGAAUUGACUCCAUCGCCUACUCGUUUUCUGAAGACGCACGCAGCGACGCGGCAGGAGAGAGCGGUCCCGCGGAGCGCCGGCGCGAGAAGGGCGACACGGCAAGUGGACGCGAAGGCUCCUGCUCUCCGGGAGUCUUCUCGUCUGGAGAGGAAGAAGACAACGAAGAAGCUGUGGACCCGUAUCGCGUGCCAAAGGAACUCGGCGUGUACCGAGAAGUGGAAAGUUCUUCGUCGUGGACCACCCGAGAGCUCGUCGAACGCAUUCUUGCCAACCGAAAGGCGCUGAUGGAAACCAUCGAAACCAGGUGCGGACAAUCAAGACGACCGAGGCUACCACACUCAACGACCCACCUGAAAAACAAGAACCGGAACAUCAAGUGUCUCUAG